GGGCGUAUAAAAAGUUGCUUUGCAGUUUGUUGUUAACUAUUUUUUAGCAAAACAAUGGAUAAUCCCAAUGGAAUCCACUAUAUUGAGCUUUCCCCAAAUCCCAUACGGUUCGAUGCUGUGAGUCAGCUAACAAAUGUGUUUUUUGAUGACUCCAAUAAGCAGAUAUUUGCUGUUCGAUCUGGAGGAGCUACUGGUGUGGUGGUUAAAGGUCCCGGUUCCACCGAUGAUACUGUGAUCUCAUUUUGCAUGAGCGAUCGCGGUGGCGCAAUCCGUUCCAUCAAAUUCUCGCCGGACAAUCAGAUCCUGGCCGUUCAGCGAAAAGAAAAUGCCGUGGAGUUCAUAUGUUUUCAGGGGGACCAGCCUCUGCUGCAGGAGAUCAUCACCCACCAGGUGAAGAAUAUGAUCCAUGGCUUCGUUUGGGUCCACAAUCGGGAGGUGGCCCUGAUCUCGAAUACGGGUGUGGAGGUAUAUACUGUGGUGCCGGAGAAACGGCAAGUGCGCUCUGUGAAAUCUCUGAGCAUCGGUAUCAAGUGGUUCGCCUGGUGCUGCGAUGCCAAUGUGGCUCUGCUUUGUACCAGCGAGGGAAACUCCCUCAUCCCGGUACUGGUCAAGCAGAAGGUCAUCACCAAGCUGCCCAAAGUGGACUUGGGCAGCCCAAGUCGCGACGUGCAGGAGAGCAAAGUAACCUUAGGUCAAGUAUACGGCGUGCUGGCGGUGCUCAUCUUGCAGUCAAAUAGCAGCUCUGGACAAAUGGAGGUAGAAGUUCACCUACUUAAUGGACCAGGUUUGGCUCCUCGCCUGUGCCAUGUACUUCGCCUAAGCUUAGUGGGUCGCUUUGCCAUCAACACGGUGGAUAAUCUGAUUGUGGUGCACCAUCAAGCCUCAGGCACCUCGUUGCUUUUCGACAUCUCACUCCCCGGAGAGGUGAUCAAUGAAAUAACCCACCAUACUCCCAUAACUCCAGGUCGCUCGAUCAAACCAUUUGGCUUGAAACUGCCUUCUCUAUCGCCCGAUGGACAAAUCUUGCCGUGCGAGUUGUAUUCCACCCAUUGGGUGCUUUUCCAGCCAAACAUUGUCAUAGAUGCCAAAUUGGGUUGUAUGUGGUUCCUGAACCUUUGUAUUGAACCCCUGUCCCAACUGAUUUCGGAUCGCAUUCGACUCACGGAGUUUUUGCUGCAGCGCAGCAGUGGGAAACAGGUGCUAUUAAAAGUUGUGAGUCAGCUAGUGGACGAUCAGUAUAAAGGAAGUCUGCUGCCAGUUCUGGAGACCAUCUUCAGCAGAAUUAACAAGAUAUAUGCCUCGUGGGUGCAGUUAGAAUUGCAUAACCAAACAGCACAGCCCUCUAAUGUAAAGACUACUACCCUGAAACAAAGCACACCGCCCAUUGUCCUCAUUGAGCAACUGGAUAUGGUGCAGAUCUUUCAGCGCGUUUCGCGUCGACCGUAUACUGAAUCCAUCCUGAUGCUUUACUUGCAAUCCCUGAACAAGUUCAACAUUGCAGCCCAAGAGGAGCUCAGCAAGAUGAUCAUCAGUGAACUGAUCAACAAUCGCAGCUUCGACACCUUGCGGCGUUUGGUCAGUUAUUCAAUGCUACUGGAGUCGAAAUCGGUGGCUUGCUUUUUGUUAUCCCAUUCGGAUGUGGAUUCGGCAAUUUCUCAAGUGGCCAUCGAUAUGCUGGGAAAAAUUCAGGCUCAUGAGAUUAUUAUUGAAGUCAUGCUGGGACAAGGAAAGGUAAUCGAUGCAUUGAGACUGGCCAAAAACUCUUUGGGCUUGGAUAAAGUGCCAGCUAGGAAGUUCUUGGAAGCGGCUUAUAAGACAAAAGAUGAUCUCAUCUUUCACAGCGUUUUCAGAUUCUUUCAAAUGAGAAACCUGAAACUUUAUGAGACUUUGUCUUUUCCCAAGGCUGAACAAUGCACGGAGUUUAUACAGCAUUAUAAUAAUACUUUUCCUGUUGAUAACCCUUCAAGACCACCUAUAUGCUGAAGGCACCUAUUUAAGUAAUUUGUUAUUAUUGUAAUUCAAAAGUGUGCUUGAAAGUAUUAAUAUACUUAUAUUUUGUAUUGUAAAUAGUUCGGUCAAUAUACCAUCAUAAAUAUAUAUUUUAUACGAAAAUAAAAAAAUAACUUUGCGUUUCAA